CGGCGCUUCGUUCGUGGUCGCCGCCGCCGGGUUCGUGAAGGCGCCUUCGGCUCCAGAUCUGGACGCGCGGCAGCUGCUUCGUUCGAGUCGCCACCAUCUGCCAGAUCUGAGGCCGCCGCUCGAACACCUGUCGUCGCUUGCUGCCGUGAACUGCGGUUUUACACUAGAAUUUUUUAUUUAGGGUGCAAUCAGAGUUUGGAUUGAAGAUUGGGUCAUUUUGAGUUGCUGUCAAGCAAGAAUUGGUUCAAUUCAAGAUUCGUUUUAGGCAAGGAGGAGGAUAAAUUUUGUUUGAUUGAGCUUAAAUUCUGAGGCAGUGAAACAUUAGGUUAGAUGGAGAACAAUAAUGUUAUGGCAUCUGUGCACGCUACAGUUUUUAAGGAAUCAGAGAAUCUUGAGGGGAAAAACAUCAAAAUUGAAGGAUAUGACUUCAAUCAAGGACUAAAUUACUCCAACCUUAUAAAGUCCAUGAUCUCCACUGGAUUCCAAGCCUCCAAUUUGGGAGAUGCUGUAGAAGUCAUCAAUCAAAUGUUAGAUUGGAGGCUUGCUGAUGAGAAUGUAACAGAAGAUUGCUCCGAGGAGGAAAAGGAUCCAAUCUUUAGGGAGUCGACGAGAUGCAAAGUGUUUCUUGGUUUCACUUCCAAUCUAAUUUCUUCUGGUGUUAGAGACACAAUUCGUUAUCUUGUUGAACACCAUAUGGUUGAUGUGAUUGUCACCACAACUGGUGGUAUUGAAGAAGAUCUUAUAAAAUGUCUUGCUCCCACAUAUAAAGGUGACUUUUCUCUUCCUGGAGCAGUUCUUCGAUCAAAAGGGUUGAAUCGCAUUGGUAAUUUAUUGGUUCCUAAUGAUAACUAUUGCAAAUUUGAGGAUUGGGUAAUACCAAUUUUGGAUCAGAUGUUGAAGGAACAACGUGAAGAGAAUGUACUAUGGACACCAUCAAAGGUAACCCGACGCUUGGGAAGAGAAAUAAAUGACAAGAGUUCGUAUCUUUAUUGGGCCUAUAAGAACAAUAUUCCAGUCUUCUGUCCAGGAUUAACAGAUGGGUCAUUGGGAGACAUGUUGUAUUUCCACUCUUAUCGUAAUCCUGGAUUGAUUAUUGACGUCGUUCAAGAUAUUAGGGCCAUGAAUGGUGAAGCUGUUCGUGCAAGUCCAAGGAAGACUGGAAUGAUAAUUCUUGGUGGAGGACUCCCAAAACAUCAUAUUUGCAAUGCCAAUAUGAUGCGUAAUGGUGCAGACUAUGCUGUCUUUAUCAACACUGCUCAAGAGUUUGAUGGAAGUGACUCUGGAGCCCGCCCAGAUGAGGCCGUCUCUUGGGGCAAAAUUCGAGGUUCGGCCAAGACUGUCAAGGUACAUUGUGACGCUACAAUCGCUUUCCCAUUGCUCGUCGCAGAAACAUUUGCCUCAAGAAGAGAAAAAGAAAAGAUCGAUGUUGAAGUUUCGGAGAGUUGAUUCAUAUAAUGGUAUGAAUGUUGAUUUGUUGAUCCUUAAAAUUGGCUUAUGGUGUGCUGUGAACUCAGGUUUAAAAAACUACAUGAACUUAUUGAAACUCUGGGUAGAUUUUGGUCAAGAUCACCUAUAUGAGGAUGCUCUUUCUAGGAAAUGGGGAAUGUGUUUUGUUUUUUCUGUUUUUUUUUCUUUUCUUUUAAGAAUGAAAUGGAGAAUUGUGUUAACUAUGGAUUAAGAGAAUAAAACUUGAUUAUAUAUUAAAAUUUCAUUCCAUUUUA